AUGUCACUCAGAUUUCUACGUAAAAUUCGAGUUUUCUUCAAGAGUAAACCGCCUAAGCAAAAUUGGUCAGAAACUUCCGGUCAUAGUUAUUGUACCAUUGAAGGAGAAAAAAUGGACGCAGUCAAAGCUAUGAAACGCUUGGGUUACGCCUUCAACAGUGAAGGCCAGUUGCGGAAAGUUGGUGUUGAUGGACAAGUAACAGAGGAACCAUUUCAAUUCAAUGUUAGUAACCAGCACCAAGAGUGUCAGGCUCACUAUGAGGAGCUGGGCAGUGCAGUCACUGAGUAUGUGUAUCAUUUGAUGGAAACAGAAAGGAACCUGACCAGGUUGCCAGUCCCGAAAGACUCCAAUAAAGGAACAUUCAUCUUUGUGUCCAAGGACUAUGAUCAGAAAGAUGUGUUAGUCAUACUCAUUCAUGGAUCUGGUGCUGUAAGAGCUGGACAAUGGGCUAGAUCCCUCAUAAUCAAUGAUAACUUGGACAUGGGGACCCAGCUACCAUACAUUAAAAAUGCCCAAGAUAAAGGUUAUGGGGUAAUGGUGCUAAAUCCAAAUGACAACUGUUUACCGAAUGGCCAGAAAAUCCCAAACAGUAGUUCUGGUGAAGAGCAUACAAAUUAUGUCUGGAAGAAUUAUGUGAAGAAUACGAAAGCAACGAAAAUAGCAAUAGUAGCUCAUAGUUAUGGAGGAGUACUCACUGUGACAUUGGCUGAUCAGCUCAAGAGUGAAUUUGAGAAGAGAGUGAAGGCAAUUGCAUUUACAGACUCAGUGCAUGUGUACUCUAAUAUUGAAAUUACUAAGUUUAUGAAAGAGGCCGCUAGAAACUGGAUAUCAAGUCAGUCUCCAUUGGACACACCAAUGAACACUCCAGAUUAUGAUAUCCCUCGUGUUUCUGCUGGCCAUCAGAAGCAUGAAAUGACAUCAUAUUCCUGUAUGGAAUCUGUGUUCAAGUUUAUUGAUGAGAAAGUCUCACUAUAA